AUGCUACUUCUACUCACUGUUGCUCUUCAGGCCUUUCUUGUUCACGUUGCCUCCGGAGGCAGUUGCUUCAGAAUGCGACUUGAAAAUGGCCACUGCCAUGAACUUAUUGAGCGUGAUACCAGUACCAGAUUUGAAUGCUGUCGGAGAGGUGGCUUCUACCACGAGGGCAAAUUGUCAUCGUCAGUAUUUGUCAGAGACAUCCUCCUCUCCAAAUCUGGCGUUCCAAACUGCGAAAAUCCAUGCGGAGGCGUGAUAAGCUACUUUUUUGGUCUUGCAGAGGAAACAUGCAACAAUGUGCGAUGCAAUAAGGAAUUCGAAUGUAGAGUGAUAAAAGGCAAAUCGUACUGUGCUUGCAAGAAUACGUGCUCAGAGGAGGACUACACUUCUGGACCUGUCUGCUCUUCUGAUUUCCGCAUGUUUCGCAAUCGAUGCGCAUUGAUUAAAGAGCGAUGUCGCUCCUUGAAUUCGCUUUUCACAGAAAUUCCAUGUCCUCCAACAGCUCGUAGCUGUAAUUUCAAUGCAAAUCCCUAUGACAAUAAACCCGUGAAAGUAUGCCCUGAAGGCAAAGUCUGUGUUAUGCGUGCAUACAGCGGAAAGACAAGUUGUGAAUCUCCUGAUCAAAGUGGCCUAAGUUAUAAGUACGCCUAUAACAAAGGUCCAAUUUGCGGGGCAGAUAACAAGACAUACGCCGAUAUAUAUGCACUUCGCAAUGCCAGUCUUCGAAGGGGAAUUGAAAUCCGAAUCGGAUACAUGGGUAUUUGUAGAGGUAAGGACAAAGUAUUGCUUAUUAUUGAUGCUAACCAGUCCAAACUGAUUGAGAUAAUUGACAGUGUUUUCUUACCUCUAGCUGACGCAACGUGUAAAAAUGUAAGGUGUCAGUCCUCACGUAUGACAUGCAGACCUCAUGUCACGACUGGCCAGCCAAUUUGUCUCGACUGCAAUGAUCUUCCGCCAAAUUGCAAUGCUGUGGGUGCGUUUUUCGUCAGACGAACAGACUAUGCUAUUCUAGCUCUCAAUGAGUCAAUGAAGGAAUCCAGGCUAGUAUUCGGUGAUCCCCGGUGGCAUGGAAAAGUAUUCACUGGUGGUUGGCCAGGAAUUUGCGGAAGUAAUGGCCAAUCAUUCCCAAAUACCUGCUUCCAACAGGUAUUUAGCUGUUAUGGAAAGCACUACUAUGAUCUUGUGUCCAGCGGUUACUGCUUAGGUAAGCUUAAUACACUCUUCGAUUUAUCUUAUAAAGUCCAUAUGCAACGGAUUUAUGAUUGCUUGAAUUCAUUUUUCCUUUAG